GGGUUAUAUGAACUUGAAUCCCAUCAUUAUUUGGAACAAUUUGAAUUCCUAACAAGUAUUUUAGCCCUGGAAAUGAUAAAAUACACCUGAGAGCUAUCAUGCCUCUAUACAAAUAAAUAAAUAAUAAUAAUCAAUUGCGCGCACGCGCAGUUAAUUCUUUCUCCAUUUUUCUUUUCUUUUCCCGCCAUUAAUUAGAUAUCUUUAGCUUUCACCUCUUCUAAAUCUCUGGCUUAAACCAGAGAGAGAGAGAGAGAGAGAGAGAGAGAGAGAGAGCAGUGUUGCUUUUUCUUCUUCUCUUUCAUAGUCAGAAGAACCAUCCCUUUGUUUUUCUCCUUUUUCUCUCUUCAAAGUGGAUGAACUGAUCAAGAAAAUUUUCCCAUCUCCCCUGAAAAUUAGUAACAUGGAUUCAGCCACGCCCUGCCCACCUCCAAACAGAAGCAGCAGAAUCGCAAAAACACUUCAGAAAAUGAUUCACCUGAAAUCCGGCACGAAAAGUCGCUCAAACCCUGGAUUUUGCCUGCUCAUUCCUCAGGAGAAACUCAGGUGCUGCGAGUCUCAUCAGUUGCAGAAAGAAGAUGCUGAGGAGGCUAAAGAGGAGUGCAAGAACAGGGCUGCCAUGGAAGCCUUCGUCGCCAAGCUUUUUGCCACGAUUUCAGCUGUUAAAGCAGCGUAUGCCGAGCUUCAAAUGGCUCAGUUCCCGUACAACAGUGAGGGCAUACAGUCCGCAGAUCAGGCCGUGGUUGAUGAGUUGAAAGCACUUUCAGAGCUUAAGUACAGCUUUUUGAAGAAGCAGAUUGAUUCUUCGCCGCCCCAUGUGACGCUAAUGCUCGCGGAAAUCCAGGAGCAGCAGGCUUUGAUGAAGACUUACGAGAUCACCAUGAAGAAAAUGCAGGGCGAAAUAGAGAACAAGGACUCUCGAAUUUCUUCUCUUCAACAGCAGUUGCAAGAUAUCAUUCAAAGCAACAAGUCCCUGGAAAAGAAGCUCAACGCAAGCGGAUCCUUCUCAAUUCUAGACAACGUUAAAUUCUCAGACGUGAAUCCUAAGGAUUUCAUCCUGGUUCUGCACUACGCCUUAAGAUCUAUCCGCAACUUUGUCAAGUUCUUGAUUCGGGAAAUGGAGUCCGCCAACUGGGAUAUUGAAGCUGCAGCAAAUGCAAUACAACCCGAUAUCGUUUUCAGCAAGAGGGAUCAUAAAGCUUUCGCUUUUGAAUCGUACGUUUGCAGGGAAAUUUUCACUGGCUUCAACGAUCCAGGCUUUUCCAUACAAAGCAACGAUCAGUCGACUUUGCCAAGUGAAAUUCAUCAGCGUCGAAUUUUCUUCUUUGAGCAGUUCAAGAAGUUGAGGUCGGCGAGCGUCAUUCAUUUCCUGAAGCAAAACCCGAAUUCUUUAUUCGGGAAGUUGUUGAAAUCAAAGUACCUUCAUCUGGUGCACCCCAAGAUGGAAUUCUCAUUUUCCGGGAAUUUGAACCAGAGAAAAGUGGUGAAUUCCGGGGAAUACCCGGAAACUGAUUUCUUCAAGGCGUUUGCCGAGAUGGGGAGGAGAGUUUGGCUUUUACACUGUCUGGCAUUUUCAUUCGAUCGCGAAGUCAGCAUAUUUCAAGUGAAACAGAAGGCCAAAUUUUCUGAGGUUUACAUGGAAAGCGUGACGGAAGACAUUUUUGCAGCAGCGGAGGGCGGGUUUCGGGUGGCAUUCACGGUGGUGCCGGGGUUUAAGGUUGGGCAGACGGUGGUGCAGAGCCAGGUAUAUUUAUUUCCAGCGAAUUCUCCUGUUAAAAGUUAGUUGAGUAGAUGGACGCGCCGCUUUAGCAGCACUAGCAGCUGUCAAGUAGUAGUGGGGACGGGCAAUCUUGAAAUGGGAUCCUCUGCACCUUCAAAUUAUUUUCAGAUAACGAUGUGACAGUGAGUAUAGUAACAUCAUAAAUUCUCAUUUUCCAACUAGAUUUGGUCUCACUCUCACUCCCAAAUAUUAAAUCAAAAGUUGAAUAAAGAAUCGAAAACACGAUGGAUAGUACAUCACCACUGCCAUGCCAACUUCUCUGUUCCUCAUGUUAAUAAGUUCACUUCACUCCCUGUGAAUCGGAUCUAUCUACAGAAACAGGUGAUGGGAUAAAAUCUCUCAUGUUGGGUUAAAAGAGGAUCCCUUUUCAAGAAACUGAAACCCUUGAAAGCAAGACAGGCGGCGGUGCGUGUACACAAAACUUCUCGUAAUAGUGGGAGUCCAAGAAGAGGAGAGGAGACAAGAUUAAAGGAGGAGUUAGGACCCACGUACAAGAGAUGAACUGGAUUUUGUAGGAAAUGCAUUGUUAAUUUUGUCGUUGGGAGGCGGUGGAGAAAGGUGGUCAGAAUGUGGGGACAGUGGGCUUCUGCCUUUGUUAUUCGUUGGCGUACACAAGAAGAGGGAUGCGGACCCCCUCCUCCUCCUCUUACACAAAAGAAAUGAUGAUCAUCAUCAUCAUAUUUCUCAGUGCUGUCCAGUUUUUUCCUUCUCUUUAAUGUAAACUAAAGAAGAGACAGAUCCAAAGCCCCACAACUUGUAUUCAAUUCAAUAAUUUAUGUAUGUACAUAAAGUAUUUUUAUUUUAUUACAUAUAUACACAAACAUGAGCAGAUGAAAAAUCAGCUCUCUCUCUC